AUGUCCCGAUCCGCCGCGGACGCAACGCGGUUCACAGCAACAGGUCCCUACGCCAGUUCCAAACCCGGCGGCGCGCCAUACGAACUGCCCAACUUCAUGCAGAAAGACAAUGCCUCGAGCGGCAAGCCUGCGGGCCAGACUCCGCAGCGCGGACCAGAUGGGCAACCCGAGACGCCGAAGCAAAAGGUUGAACGGCUGCGAGCGCAGGCUCGGGCUUCUCGGGUCGCGCAGUCAUCGUCGGGUUCGGAUCGAUUAAUUGAAUUUGGGCGGAAGUUCGCCAAUAGAGCGCACAAGGGCAUGGUUUACUCGCUCAUUGUUGCUUCGGGUGUUUGCGGUGUCCUCACAGUCUACUCGAUGGUCUCGCUGACCAUGUAUAACCGACGCCAACGCACACUCUGGAUCGAAAGGGAACUCGCCGUUCUGAGUGCCGCCCGUAUCGCCCAAGCCAACGGCUCCGCCACCGAAGAACAGAUCGACCUGAUUAAGAAGGAGGAUAUUGCUGAGAUCGUGAAGCAGAAGCGCGCGGAGGAGAAGGCUCAGAAGCCAUGGGCCAAGGCGAAGCGAUUCCUCUUCGAGAAGAUGAAUAUGGAAGAUACUGCCGCACAGGUCCCGUCAUCAGCAUCUUCCGACAUUGAGGCUCUGCAGCCGGGUGUUUGGGAUGCCCUGCAGGCGAAGGAGGCUGCCGAUGCCGCGGCUAAGAAGGUCAACGCCCCGAUGCCGGGACAAUUGGAUGUUAUGGCCGAGAACGCGGAGCAGGCUGCGAAAGCAACAACGCGCAGUUGGACUAACCGGUUGACUUUUGGCUGGGUGCGGUAG